UGGGAAAGGGAAGUACACAACCAUUUAUUUAUCUGUGCGUGGUUUGUGGCUACCUGACUGCUGCUGGCGCUGCCUUCUCUCUAUCUGAAGACCUUACUGCUUUGUACUUCCUAGAAUUAAAUGCAGCUACAUCAGGAGACUGAAUGUUCCAGUCUAUGCAGGUUAAACCUUCUUUUCAUCCUAUGGAUCUCAACGACACUUGUGUGCUCGGGUUACCCAAUUGUCCCCUCCAUGAGCAGCAAUCCUUUUUAUUUGAGUUGCCAGCUGUAUGGAAAAUCUGAUUACUGCCUCGUCCUGCUGAAUAGCUGCUUAGCCAAGGUGGGCAGGAGCGAAGAACUGGCUCUUUUAAAGCCUUACCUGGAGAUGCCUAUCAAUAAACGGUCCUUUCGCAAUGGUGUUGGAUCAGGAAUUAAAAAAACUUCCUUUCGAAGAGCAAAGUCAUAAACAAGUGCUCCGAACCAUACUCUUGAUUUCAGCAUCUGAUGCUUAACUUUGUGCUUAAAACCAUUUUACUGCUUUUCUCUGAUAAAGCUAAGAGAGACAAAUGUACCCAUGUCUUCAUCUUGUAAACAGAUGUUUAUUUCAAAGAGCACAAGCCAAGUGGAGCAGAUGGAAUUGCUCAGAACAGGCUUUGUUUCCAAAGUUACAGUAUCAUAAAGUUUUGUAUGGAAAUGAAUGUUUUCAUUCAGUUAAUUCCCCUUCUUUGUAAAGCGACAGAUUUAAUCAGCUUGCUCUUGAUUAAUACAAAAAUAGCCCUGUGCUUUGCCUGUCAGGGUGCACGCAGCCUGCCCGCAGCACCUACAGCAUUGCUACCAUCACCUGCACCCGGCAUCCCCGUCCCAAACCCAUUUUCUUGCAGAUAGCUGCCCUGCCAGCCUUAGUGCACAUUUAAAGGACAUCUAAUUUCAGAUUUCCUAAAGGUAUUUGGGGCCAAUGGUGAAAGACAGAAUCUGGCCCUGCUUGUAACUUCUUGUUUCUUUUUAAUAUAGUUAUUUAAAAUGACUUUACAGGGAUAAUCUCUUGAUAUGUGUCAUCUCAUUUCCAGAAGAGUCCUGGGAAAUUACUGUAAGGCAGGGUAUCUGUGCAGCUCCCUUUUCCUCAAUUAAUUGACUUAGGUAGGCAAUGCACAUCUGAAAUCAUGAAAAACAUGAAAUGAGCCAAAUGUGGUUUCUGCUCAUCAGCUGAAGUUGUGGUGCAGUGAUUAACAAGACUCUUUUUAAAUUUCCUGUUAAGAAUAAUACUCAAAAAAAAAAAAAAAAAAAAAAGGAAAGUAAUUUGAUCUGAAAAUAUGUAAGUGCUGUGUGCAGGAAAGUUCGUCUGCUGAGUUAUGAACAUGCGAGUUAUACCUUGUGGCUAUCUCCUCCAAAUGCAGUGUAACGAGCUGUAACCUUGCUUUGAAAAUGUUGCAGUGUCCAUGCAACGCAUUUUGAAUUCAAAGCUAAGAUAAUAAACAAGUAUAUGGAUCCUUUCUAAUAUUUCCUGGUUAAAUAUCACGAUGUAGGAGAUCAUUAUUCAACCCAGAAUGAGGUCAGGUGGCAUCAUCGACUCCACGCCGCUGAUGGCAUCCCCGUUCCAUGCAUGUUGCACCCCUCAGCCCAUGGAGAAAGGUGACAUGAGAACGGAGCAGUGUGAGCGUGGUUAUGGCUUUCCUGGACAGCAGGAGAUCAAGCACGCUCCUCUCUGCACACGUUCACGCUGAAAUGGCUGAAGCAUCGUGCUUUUAAAACCUGCUCAAAC